GCGCUGAUUGGUUGCUCUCAGUCUCAGUCCCUCAGAGCAAUGGCGGCCUCUUCUCCGCGUGUCUCAGUGCCGGUCGGAUGUAUCGGAGCCGGGCGAAUGGCUCAGGGGAUCCUGGAGGGGAUUCUACACAAAGGGGAAAUCACACCUCAGAAUGUCAUGGUGAGUGCCCCAACGGAUCGCAAUCUGGAGAAAUUGAAGGCUCGCGGCUGUUGCACAUCACAUGAUAACCGAUCUGUCGUCUCUAACUGCCGAGUGGUGUUUCUGGCCACCAAGCCCCAUAUCAUUCCCUCCGUCCUACAAGAGAUUUACCCCAAAGUGACGGCUGAUCACCUGAUCAUUUCUAUGGCUGCCGGAGUCACGCUGGAGACCCUGGAGAAGAAUCUGCCCCUGGGGAGUAAAGUUAUCCGCAUGAUGCCCAACUUGCCCUGUGUGCUUCAGGAAGGGGCAAUUGUAUUUUCGCGGGGGCAAUGUGCCGGUGAGGUGGAGGCCGAUGUGUUUGAGAGUCUGGUCCGUACGUGUGGUCUGUGUGUGGAGGUCCCACAAUCCUGUAUCGACAUUCACACGGGGGUGAGCGGCAGCGGGGUGGCUUAUGUUUACACAUUCGCUGAAGCGCUGGCAGACGGGGCAGUUAAGAUGGGGAUGCCCAGUGCCCUCGCCCGACAGAUUGUAGCUCAGACUUUAGUGGGGGCAGGCAAGAUGCUUCUGCAGAGUGAGGAGCACCCAGCGAGUCUCAGAGCGGACGUGUGUACCCCAGGAGGGACGACAAUUUUUGGGCUCCACGAGCUGGAGAAGGGGGGCCUCAGGGCGGCAGUGAUGAACGCUGUAGAAGCCGCUACCACAAGGGCAAUGGAUAUGGGGAGAAAGUAGAACUAUCGCUACUGAUCCUACUGGGCAUGAAAACGGUUCAGAGAAGUGGCAGUUGUGGGUCAGGCUGUAAAUUAGACACAUGAUUGUGUAUAAGAACUGGACCAAUAGAAACUCUGCUCCACCUGCUGCCUCCCAAUAUGGCUCCUGGGGCUGUGAUGUCAAACAGGAGAGUAUCGUGAAUGGAAAAGACAAAUGUAUCAAAUAAAUACAUAAAAAUCUGUUGCACAAAUUCUGAAGAAUAAAAUACACAAGGAUUAUU